AUGAACUCACGUAAUAAAAAUUGUGCACUCCUACCAGAAAGGUUGCCAAGGUGUAAAGGUGAAAAAGAAAUUUCUGAUGAAAUUGCCUUUUCUCUAUCCUUGAAAAGCGCCACACAGACUUAUAAAGAAGGGGAAAAAAAGGAGAAGAUUAAUAAAGAAGCGGCCAUAAAGUUAUUUUGGAGAGCUGCUCAAAUAUUUAAAAGCUUGGAUUUUUAUCGUAUGUCCGCUCAAAGUAUUUUUCGUUUGUUGGAGCUAUAUGAUCAGGAACCCGCUUUAUUUAAACAAAAGCACUUUCAGCAUCUUAAACAAGAGUCAUACUAUUUGUUGGCCAACUUAUUUAAAAAUUAUGACUUGGAAGCUUUUCAAAACUAUUAUUUGUUGACUCUAACACGAUACUUUUCCUAUGAAAAAAUUUCCCAACUUAAAGAGGAAGUGAUGGAUCAAGACUUGUUGGUUUCCGCCUGCUCUGCCUUGUGGGAUUCCUUAAUAAAAAGAGCGAAAUCACCAAUAGAAAGCCUUCUUUCCAGCACUCUGCCGUUCUUACUAGAACUUAGCGAGCACUUAGACUCCUGCCUCCCUCCAAACGAGCCGUUAAAAAUAGAUUCAUCAAAAACUGCGGCCGUUAUUAAUUAUCUUAUACUGGCGUAUACUUCUGAACGUUACACGCUUUCAAAAAACUUGCCAACAGAAAUUCAGGCCUCUCUUCGUUUGGCCAAUGCUUAUACACGUUUGGACGCGGAGUGGAAAGCAGUGGCGGUUUUGCAGCGAUGCGUGGAGCGUUUUAUACUCUUCCUCAACUCUCAGCGGGACCUAAGCGACAGUUGGUUUGAAGAAAAUUCAAGCGAUGUAUCCGCUCUUUUGGAGUUGCUGUUGAAGUGUUUUUCUAUGUCUUUGGAGAUGGACGACCGAAAGCGCUGCCUUCAGCUAGAAAAACUUGCUGGUAGCCUGAGUGAAGCUCUUCAAAUCAGUACGCCCUUCAAUUGUACAAAGAGCGCUGUUAGCCGGCAAUUGCUGCAUCUAAACGACUACUCGACUGUCUCUCAGUUUCUUUGGGAUGACGUUUGUCAGCUUUCGGCCGUUAUAAGUGAAAGUACCAGCGUAAAAGACAGGCUGAAGUGCACCGUCUUCAGUAGCUUGGGAAAAAGCUUUCUUUACUGUUCCUGGUAGAGCGUGCUUCAAGGCGUUUAUUGCAUUAAAAAGUUCUCAAAAAAGUGGAAAUGAGUGGGGAUACUCCUCCGCAAAAGUCUCUGGACAACACUCGUCUUGCACGUACAUGCAGGACACAAGGGAUAUCCGGAAGGUCAAGAUCCGGAACAAAUAGUCCCAAGCGUAGUAGGGCCCGCCGUUAAACGCACCUGAGUCAUGGAAAAGAUCGGUGAAUCGGUUAAAAGGCGGGGAGAUCGGUACUGAGAGAGGCCUUUUAGGGCGGGCCGAUGCUGUAGGAGCUUGUAGAAAGUAUCUGAGUGGA